AUGGACGCCAUCGAGAACCUCUUGGCCUGGGCAAAGACCCAAGGCAUCGCGAUAAACAACGUCGGGCCUCGAGCUCUACCCGGCCGCGGCAUAGGCAUCGUCGCAACCUCACCCAUCAAAAAAGACGACGCCGCCCUCGACGUGCCCAUCCCCUGCCUAAAAACAAUCGCCACAGUCCCCAAAUCCGUAUCCCGCCUCUUCCCAAAAGACACCGCCGUCCACGCCCUCCUCGCCGCCGACAUCGCCCUCGACACCUCCCCAUCCUUCAAAACCUGGUCCGCCGUCUUCCCGACGCCCGCAGACCUCGCCUCCUGCCCGCUCACCUGGCCCGCCGCCCUCACAGCCCACCUGCCCCCGACAGCGGCCGCCCUCCUCGCGGCACAGUCCGAAAAGUUCGAGGCCCACUGGUCCCUCGCCGCCGCCGCCCUCCCGGACCUGACCUACGCCGCCUACCGCCACGCCUGGCUGCUCGUCAACUCGCGCACCUUCUACCACGUCACCCCGCGCACGGCCAAGCGCAGCCGCGACGACCACAUGAUCCUGCAGCCCGUCGCGGACCUGCUCAACCACGCCUCGCGCGGGUGCAACGUCGCCUUCGACACCGAGUCCUUCACCAUCCGCGCGGACAGGGAUUAUAGUCCCGGGGAGGAGAUCCACAUCUGCUACGGGCGGCACAGCAACGACUUUUUGCUGGUGGAGUACGGCUUCGUGAUGGGGGAGGGGGAGAAUGAGUGGGACGAGGCGUGUCUUGACGAGGCGCUGCUUCCGAGGUUAAGCGCCGCGCAGAGGAAGAGGCUCGAGGAGAGGGGGUUCCUGGGGAAGUGGAUGGUCGAUGCGGAGACGGUGUGUUAUCGGACGCAGGUUGCGUUGAGGAGUAUGGUGCUGCCGGCGAGGAGGUGGGCGAGGUUCGUUGAUGGAUUCGAGGACGGGGAAGCGGAGCAAGCUCAGGUUGAUGAGAUUUUGAAAGAGGUGCUCGUGGCGUAUGACGGGGAGAUCUCCCGCAAGGUUGAGCUGAUAAGUAAGCUGGAGGAGGGCGAGGGGUUUCAGCGGGAAAUGCUUGUGAUGCGGUGGGGGCAGAUACAAGAGCUCGUCCGCACGACGAUAGAAAAACUCAAGACGAGAUGA